UCGUCGCGGGCGUUAUUACAGUAUUAUUAUUAAUAUUGCUAUUGGAUUGCGACACGGCGUACGCCGCACACGUCCGUCGGGCUCGUCGCGUGUUGCGUAAGCGUAUUUUCACCGACUCCGCCGUCGUCGCGGUCGCAGCUGUUGUCGAGAAUCAAACGGGAAACAGUACACUCCGCUCCGUUCGGUCGCGGUUUUGUGGAUAGUAGUGGACGGCGCACGCCACCUCCAAUCGGCGUGACAGCGUCGAAUCGACCCACCGACGAACGUGCUCAAUUCGUCGACGAAUCGGCGGCGCGUGUUUCCCGUGGUAUUUCGUCGUCGUUGUUUGUAUACAUUUCCGAGCGUGUUGACCGUAAUAAUUAUUCGUAGAUCGGUAUAGGCAACAAAUUUAGUAAUCGUUAUAAAUAAUAUUGUCGUCGACGUUUCACACGUUCGAGAUUGUUUUCGAUUUCGACGGCAUGGGCGGCGGCGGCGGCGGCGUGGACCAUGGGAGUAUUGUAGUACGGUCGUAUGGACGACUGACGGGCGACGAAACGCACCAUCGGAUCGCGAUUUUGAUAAACUGAUAACGACACGGUACCGUUGAUAACGAAAAGUUAUAUUAUUUUUUCGCUGAUAGCCACUACUCUGGUCUUACUCUCGAUUUCUAUUGCGCAAAGUCGAUAUUGCUGGUACGCUCAACAUGAAAAGUUAACGUCGAACCCCUUACCGCGACCAUUUUGCGAGAUUAUCGUUUGUUUUUAGUCCUCUCCUUUGUCACGAGUCGUGAACCCACUUGUCGUCGACAAUUUUUGAAAAGUUUUGAUUUCGCUAAGUACACUUAGCAGUGAUUCGUCUGUCCCAACUAUUUGGCGCUUGGUUUCAUGUACGUUGAUCGUAUGCAUUAACAGCCUCGUCGCUGUCGUCAUCGUCGUCAUGAGUACGACAUAUUACGAUCCGGAUGGUUUACAGAGCGUCAAACGCAGACGUACCUCUAACUUCCGUGACACGUAUUUGCGUAAUCGUGAGUAUGGCUUCAGACCCAAGUAUGGUGAUCAAAGUCGUUUACACUGCGAAAUGUAUACAUCCAUAUAUCCCAUCGCUAAGUGGGAAUACGAUGUUUCAAACAAUGACAUCACCAAUCCUGCUGGUAUAUUUAAUUUGGAAUUCUCCCCAGAUGGAAAAAUAUUGGCAGCAGCAUGUGAAAAAAAAAGCAUUAUGUUAUUUGAUCCUGUAACUCAAAAGUAUAUAACAUCAAUAAAAAAAGCACAUAAUGAUUGUGUUAAUUGUAUAAAGUUUUUAGAUUCUAGAAUGUUUGCAACUUGUAGUGAUGAUACAACAAUAGCAUUAUGGGAUGUUCGAAAUCUUAAAGACAAUAUUAGGGUAUUGAGAGGGCAUUGCAAUUGGGUAAAAAGUAUUGAAUAUUCAGCAAAAGACAAUUUACUUGUUUCUAGUGGAUUUGAUGGGCAAAUUUACACAUGGGAUAUUAAUAGUUACUCAGAAGAAGGAAGAGUUCCUAAUAACUCUGUAUGUCACAUUAAUGGGCUUAUGCGUAUUAAACUUCUUCCUGAUUCUAGCAAGUUAAUUAUUUGUACAACAAGUGGCUUCAUAUUACUUAUAAAUAAUUUAGACUUGGAAACACUUGGUGCAGAUAUUCAAGGAUUCAAACCAAAUAUGUAUCGUUUGAUGCAACUGAGUAAAACUACCAUUCCUAAUGCAGCUGCACACACACACAUGUUUACUCGUAAACGAAAUCGUGUUGAAUUCAUUGUAGAUUUUCCAAGAAAUGAUGAUGCUGAAAUAAUAUCUUCUAUCCAGGUGCAUCCACAAGGUUGGAAUGUAUUAAGCAGAAAUGUUACCACUGAUGAACAAUCUGAAUGGACAUGUGUACAUGAUAUACAAGACUUUGCUGUUCCUAAACAACAAAAUGAACCUGAAGAACUAAAUUCUGAAGAAGCAAACUCAUUAGAACAUUCUUUAGCUGACGACCCAAUGGAGGGAAGACUUCACCGACGUACACAUGUUGUGAUUCCUCGAGAUAUAAAUGUUGGCAUAAGUAGUAUGAUACCAUUUUCUGUGUUAGGACCAACAAGAGGUAACCGCCAAGCUGACUUAUGGGAAGCGAUGAUGAAUGUCAAUAGUGGUAAUCGCAUAAGAAGUUUAAGAUAUUUAUCAGAAGGACGAGAGCGAAUAUUAGGAACAUAUUCUGGUGUACGGAUCGUACGUAGUGCAACUGGAUUACAAGAUCAAGACCAAGACGACGUAGAGGAAAUAAUAGCAGAUGAUGAUGCCUCUUCAGAGCGAUUAGUCACAGUAUUAUUUAAUCGGAAUGGUAAUCGUGCACCUGAUAUUAGAAUGCGUGGUUAUUUAUCCUCAAGUUCUAGAAUUGAUAUCACUCGGCCAAGUAGACGUAAUACCGUAGAAGUAGGAACUGGUACAGAUACUGUGGUGUUUAUUGGCAAUAGGCAACGUCGUAACAACUAUGUUCUGAAUUGUAUGAAUAGAUUUCAGGUUCCCCAUAAUCAUAAAAUACAUAAAAAUUUUAACCGUCUUACACAUUUUAUUGAAGAGGCAAAUGUGGGUAGAGGGUACAUCAAAGAACUCUGUUAUUCUAGUGAUGGGCGUAUUAUAUGCUCGCCCUUUAGUCAUGGGGUUAGACUAUUAUCAUUUUCACCAAAUUGUGAUGAAUUAUCUACUUUGCUUCCAAAACUGCCAGGUGUAAAACUUCAUGAAAUUGGUACAAACGUUUCUCAUGCUAACAUUGUACUUUGUACCAAAUUUUCGCCGGUCCAUCCUUUACUCGUAUCUGGUUGUUUAGCUGGUCGAAUCGUUUGGUACCAACCGAGACUAUAAUACUUAAUGACUUUAAUAUUGUAUGUAUGUUAUGUUUUUUAUUUAUAAUAAUCUACAAUUUUAGAUUUGAAUAAUAUGUUUAUUGUUUGUUUUAACAUAAAAACUUAUGCCACUGUAUCUAUAGAACAUAUAAAGACAACAUAUCUUCUCAUGUUUAAAUGUUAUUUGUAUUGAAUAUGUCAGCGAUUAUAUUUGUAAACAUUAUUUAAGAUCUAAAGUCUGUGACACAAAAACUGACCAAUGACCAGUGUGCCUGGCAGCCAUUUUCCAAUCAGUGGUUUUAAAAAACAUAAGCUAUGUGCCUAUUGUAUAAACAUUGCAAUGUUGCCGUGGAGUUUCAGAAUGCAUAGCUAAUGGCUGGUCUAUGGCGGUUGGAUGACUAGGGUUACUGGUCAAUUAUUGUGUCGCGGACUAUAAUAUAUACCAAAUGAGUAGUUUUUUCAUAUGGAUUUAAUGAACUAUAUACAAAGUUAGUCACUUGUACGCAAAAAAUGUGUGCUCAAUUAGUAAGAGACUAUGUAAAAUUCAUUUAUUCUUGUCUGUCUUUUAAAAAAAGUUUAAGUGACUGCAAUAGUAUAAUUUAUUUAUCUAGACAAUUUCUAACUGUUGUACAUUUUGCAACACAAAAUUUUUUCUAUAAUACUAGACUUUAAGAAUAAUGCAGUGGCUUAUUUGUAGUACAACAAUAAACUCGGUUUCCAUAAAAUUUUACAAUUUGAUAUAAUAAGUUUUAGUAAACAUUUAACUGAAUGGAUCAUGUAUCUCCCAGACCAAUUAGUAUUUUAAAAAGUUCAAAAACAUUUAUAAUAUCAAUGUAAUUGAUAUGGGCUUCAAAAAUAUUUGCUUAUCGUAAAAAAUAUUAAAUCUCAUAAUUUGUUUCGAUAACACUGUUAAUAACAGUUGAUUUAUUUCCGACGUCGAACCUAUGAUAAAAGAACUUUUUGGUAAAAAAAUUACAACCUAAUGUUACUAUUAUAAUAAUCUCGGGUAAGUGCAUUCUAGCUUUGUCUUAUAAUUAUAUAAGGUGCCUUAAAAAUAAUUUUUGUUUCGUCUAAAUAGUAAAUGUUAUUGAUGCUUACAAUUGAGAAUAUUUUGUUAGGCUCUCUCUGUAACAUUAUUUUUCCAAUAAUAAUGUAAAUUAUUAUGUAUUGUUUUUUUUUUUCAUUAUAAUUACCUCGUGUUAAUGUAAAUAGGGGAUUAAAUACUAUAUCAAAAUUAAUUAUUAUUAUUAUUAAAUAUUUGUAUCCAGAGCAAUAUAAAAAAUUAUA